AUGAAGCUUUUCACUCUGAUUCUAGUUAUCGUUUCCGCAGGGCAAGUUUCUCGAGCCGCCAUCGAAGAUUUGCUCUUCCAGCGAUUCGAUAAACGCCAAACUCAACUAGAGUUUUGUUUGGCAACUCUAAUCAACAACCUAAAGCAUCAGCUCAACCUAUUUUCGGACUCCGAAUCAUCUUCUCCACUGCUAGAAAGUUUACUGUUAGCAAUCGCAAAUCAAACACUACCAAAGCACCUCAUUCACUACGACGGUGGCGCUCCCAGUGAUUUCAACUACCAACGACAGGAGCUGGUGGUUUGGUUCGUGACCGAUCUGGACCGAUUUCUUCUUGACAUGGGAACCAUUAAACUAAACCGUAUAGAAUUCGGGGGUCUUUUUGCAGUUGUACUGACGGCAGAAAACGCAAACGCCGACAGGAAAGCGAUCCUGGAGUGCUUCUGGGCCAUGCGGGUGUCUAGAGUGGUGCUGCUGAUCGAAAGCCAAUCGGAAGUAACGAUGUGGGGUUAUGAGCCAUUCCGGGAAGGUUGCUGCCGGUGUGUGGAACCGAUUGUUUUGGAUCGUUGCAAAGCAGGAGUUUAUCAGUUUAGUAUGCAGUUUGAUGAACUGUUCGAGGACGGUGUUCGCAGGUACUACGGGUGUCCUCUAACGGUGGCAACAUUUACCAGGAGGCCGUUGAUGAUAGUUAGGAAUGAUAGCAUUCAACAACCGACGGUUGAUGGAAGCGAAGGAGAACUGCUGAAACUUUUAUCAGAUCGCAUGGAUUUCACCAUCAACGUAAGUUCUCCAACGGACGGCGAACUUUGGGGUGUGGUGCAACGGAAUGGUUCUUCUCAGGGUGUUGCUCGAAUGGUGCUGGAAGGAGUGGCGGAUAUGAUGAUCGGAGGCAUUAUACCCUAUCCGGAGUUGAUAAAGUUCACCAGCGCGUCAUCCCCUUAUUGGCAAACGCAGUUUGCGUUUUUUGUUCUUCAGGAGCUGGCCACGUUCUCCUCGUUAGAGCAGUUGCUAAAACCAUUCGUAACGACAGUGUGGAUUUUAUUGCUGAUUACGGUUGUCAUCACUAGUGGAGUGAUCAUUUGUCUAAACCGCUCUUCAGUCGGUUACUUUAAUCAUCCUUUGUUAGGAUUAUUUCGUGUGAUCAUAGGAGAUCCACUACCGGCAUUACCUAAAGGACGCUUCUUCUGCUCUCUAUUAUUUCUAUGGCUAUACUACGCACUAAUCAUCCGCGAGAGCUACAAAAGCUUCAUGAUCGGUCACCUAACGGAACGUGCCCCACUGACCGAUGUAAGUUCGCUGGAUGCGAUGAUGGCAGCCGGCUACCGGCUGGGUGUGACCAAAAAUCUGAUACACCUUCUUUUUUCCGAUUCGUUCCUGUACGAAGACAGCUUUUUAAUUUACGGCAGCGACGUUUACCGGGAAGGGUUUGAUCGGGUGUUGAAGACUCAGAAACGGGUUGCUGUCAUAAAACUGCCGGAAGAAAUAGUGGAUUUUAACCGGCAACAGCCGACCGACAGUCUAAACUAUCGCAUUUGCGACGAGAAACUGUUGAGUUUUCAUUUUAGUGUCUACUUUCAAAAGUCAUCGCCGUUAGUGUCGGCAUUCAGCAGCUGGAUAGAACGAAUCGUCGAGGCAGGAUUUGCGGAGAAAUGGCGGAGGGAGAUUUUCGAUGAGCGAUAUCUGAUUACCAGCUUGAAUGAUGAUCGUACGACGGUACUGACGGUCGGACAUUUGUUCAGUGCUUAUGUGCUCUGGGGGUCGGGAUUGCUGCUGGGAAUGGGUGUAUUUAUGUUGGAGGUUUUGAUCGGAUGGUUCGGAGAGUUGAAGACAUUUUUUACUGGGUUGAUGAUCAGGCGACUCCUUCGAAGCAAACAGCAGAGAACGGACAAAUUAAAUAUUGGAAAUCGUAGCGGGUUUUGA